GGUAACAAAGUAUAAAAGAAAAAUUUUAAGAAUUGAGCAUUUAUUCAAAAUGGAACUUUCAACAUUUGCUUCGUGCAUUAUUGUUCUAGUUGGAUCAAAUUUUGCCAGUGGUGCAGUUCAUGGUCAUGAGUCACCGUGGGGAUACCAUCAUGGCAUCGACCCAGAGCAUUGGAAGAUCAAAGACUCGACAUGUGAUGGAAAGCAACAGUCUCCAAUAGAUAUUAAGACAGAUAAUGUCAAGUUUGACCCAAGACUACGAAAAUUCAAUUUUACCGACCUCUUAUUGCAUAGAGAUGUUAAAGUGAAAAUUCACAACAACGGACAUACUGUACAAGUUGACAUGGAGGAUCAUACUAUAAAGGUGACAGGGGGUGGAUUGCCGGGAACGUAUAUUGUGGAUCAGUUUCAUUUCCACUGGGGAUCAGUUGAUACCAGAGGAUCAGAGCAUGAAAUUAAUGGAAAACAUUUCGCAAUGGAAAUGCAUGUUGUAAUGCAUUCUGACAGAUUCUCCAAAUUCAAUGAUGCUUGGAACAGUACACGUGGUCUGGCUGUCUUGGGCUUCCUGGUUGAUGUUGGUCGAGAACAUCCAUAUUUUGAAAAGAUCAUCAGUCAUUUAAAGGAAAUUAAGGAUAGAGACGUCACUCUGGACAAAUUCCAUUUGGAAUCGCUGUUUCCACGAACAGACUGCUACUACAGGUACUAUGGAAGUCUGACAACACCCCCCUGCUAUGAAAGCGUUAUCUGGACAAUAUUUAAAGAACACAUCUAUCUUUCUAAGAGGCAGCUUGAUGAAUUCAGAGCUUUAGGGAAAAAACUUGGAUCAGAGGACUUGAUUAACAACUAUAGGAAUCCUCAGCCACUAAAUCAUAGGGUCGUAACCACAAACUGCAUUGAAUCCUUCCCAUCUGUUUGUGCCGAUCGGGGUAAGACUGGAAGAAAGCGACAUCGUUGCGUAGAUUAUGUAAAAAUCUACAUAAAGAAAAUUUUCUCGAUUUUCAGACGUAUUUUCCAUCGCCGGGAUGAUGAUUAAUUUGUUCAAAUGAUAUAUGUUUCAUAAAAACCUUAUAAAUGUGUCAUAGAAUACAUGUAAAUGUGAAUUUACUAUUGAUUUCUUUUUUAACAAAUAAACGCAUUAA